AAGAAAUGAUAAUCGCCACUUCCUGUCUUCUUUGUCUUUUCUUUUAGAAUAACAAAAACUCCGCGUAUUAUUAUUUGUACUUGGAAAAAAAAAAUAUAUAUUAUUCUCUUUUAUCAGUCUACAAAUAUUUUAAAAUGGCUAUUAUUGAGGAAAUUCCCGAAGAGAUCCAAUCAUCAAAAGACAUUCCAAAAGAAGAGAAACAGAUUGAACCCGAUCAAGAUGGUGACAUUUUUUAUGAUAGUGUAGAUUACCAACCUGAAGAACUUCAAAGAUUAAUUAAAGAGGCAACAGAAUAUAAAACUAGAGGAAAUACGUAUUUCGGUCAAGAAGAAUAUAAAAAGGCUAUUGAAGAAUACGAAAAUGCUUUGUUUGUAUGUCCUGAAUCUUUACAAAAAGAUCGAGCCAUCUAUUUUGCAAAUAUAGCUGCAUGUCAUUUAAAACAGAACGAAUAUAAAGAGGCUCGAGAUAUGUGUGUGCAAGCAUUGAAACUUGAUCCAACCUAUCAAAAAGCAUUAUUGAGAAAAGCCCAAUCCAAUGAAAAAAUAGAUACGUAUACUUCACUUAAUGAAGCAUUAGAAGAUUAUAAAAAAUUACACAAGAUUACAAAGGAUCCUUAUAGUUUGCGUCAAUGUCAACGUGCUGAAAAAGAAUUGCCGAUAAAAGCGAAAAUAAAAAUGGAAAAAGAGAAAGAAGAAAUGUUAGGUAAAUUAAAAGAUUUAGGUAACACUCUAUUGGGUAAAUUUGGUCUUUCCACAGACAACUUUCAAUUACAACAAGAUCCUAAUGGUAGUGGCGGCUACUCUGUAAACUUUGUAAAUAAUAAUAAUAAACAAUAAUGUAUUUUAUGUAUUUUUAUUUAUUUAUUUAUAUAUGUGUUUUUUUUUAAAAAAAAAAAG